CUGCUCCAUUGGCAUAUUCGCCCAGACCCGGAGGCUUCCCGUUUGAUGCCUCCUCCCUCCAAUCAUCAGACAGAAAAUUUCAGAGCCCACGUCCAAUAAGAGGGAAGAGCUCGUCCAUCCCUCCAUUCUUCCCCAGAGCAGAGCAGAGCAGAGCAGAGCAGGAAGCAAGCAAAUCCAGCAGCAACAGGAAUAGAGCGGCGGAUCGCCGUCGCCAUUGGUGGUGCGGCUGCGGUGCACGCCCCGUGCGACGCAAAGGAGGAAUUUUUAGCGAACGGGGAGCGCGGGGAUAGAUAGGCUGUAUAUAUAGCGAAGGGCGCGCGCUGCGGGGAGGGGGGCCUGGGCAGGAUUAGGCAAGGCAGCGCCGGGCCGGGGCCGUCCAUCCAGGAGCCAGGGAUUCUUCGGCCAUGGGGGACGGUGGUGCUGCCGACGACGCCUCGCCGCCGGCGGCAGCGGGAUUCUCCUACCUCGCAGUCUUCCACAACUACCCCCUCGUCGCCGCCAUGCUCGGAUUCGCCAUCGCGCAGUCCAUCAAGUUCUUCGUCACGUGGUACAAGGAGAACAGAUGGGAUCCUAAGCAGCUUAUUGGCUCUGGCGGCAUGCCAUCAUCACAUUCAGCCACGGUUACAGCACUAGCAGUAGCGAUUGGAUUCCAAGAUGGCUUUAAUUGCUCCCUCUUUGCAACAGCAACUAUAUUUGCAAGUGUGGUGAUGUACGAUGCCUCUGGUAUCAGAUUGCAUGCUGGAAAGCAAGCAGAGGUAUUGAAUCAAAUAGUUUGUGAACUUCCUUCUGAACAUCCCUUGUCUGAAGCAAGACCACUGCGAGAACUUUUAGGCCAUACACCAACCCAGGUGGUUGCUGGCGCGUUGCUGGGUUGUACAAUAGCCACAGCAGGACAAUUGUUCGUUUGAACUUUGAAGGUGCAGCAGAACUGUUGUAGCAUCUGCAGAGACUUGAGAAGAAGUUUCUCUAGUGUUCUGCUACUUUAGGUAUUGGUAAGAUUUGUAACUCUGGUGUAGUGUUGUGGAAGGUUGAAGUUUUGGUGGCACAUGAUUGCAUGCCAAGAUGAUGUUCACAGGAUUGUUGUACAGAACAUUUGUUCGAUAACUUCAUGGUUAUGGUGAAAUCUAAAAUGUGAUUAUUUUGGUGAUGA